CACUCGCCGGCUCGCUUCACUCGUUCGUAGACCGUCCCAAGAGGCGCGCGUGUCUCCCUUUUUUGGACGCCUCUAGCCACGUGCCCGCCAUCUCAACCAGCCCCUCCGACCCGACCUUCCGCGAAUCCGAUUAUGGGGCGAUAAGAUAUUAUUUAGACGAAGAUCCGCUUCUUAAAAAAUUCGCGAGUGCAGUGUCUGGAUUGUUAUGGAAAAUAGCGCCUUGAUACCAGAUACGAUGUAUACGAAAUCGGACGCGUUGAAAGACGCCAGGGACUUGACGAAGAACUUGGUGGGUGGUGAUUACGAGCGACAGUAUAAAGAAGAGAAGAACUGCAAGGGACGAAGGAGAUGCGUUCUUUUCGGAGUGUCUCUUGGUGUGUUGGCUGUGUGGCUGGUCGCGCUGACGUUGGUCCGAGAGAUCCAGCUGCGGCGUCUACGGGGAGAGGUAGACCAGCUCACCGCCAACGUGAUCGCGCUUUCCGCUAACGUCAUGUCGCUCAAUCAGAAGCUCUCGAAUAAUCGACUCUUCAAUGAAUUCAAAAAUCUCGAGGACACGAUAUACGCAGACGAGGAUCAAGAUGGCAACUUAGUUGAAGAUAUAACUGUAGCGACUGAUAAAAGUGAUGAAAUCAAAGAGUCUGAAAAGAAGGGGAUCUAUUCUCCGCUGAACAAGCUGCACGGUCUGACGGUGCUCGAGGAUGACGCGCAGAUGGCUGACGACGAGGACAUGUAUGACGGAGAUGAAGACGCCGAGAGCGGGGACUGGUAUCCCGAUUAUUAUAAACAAGGCCCCAAGAUUGGGACAACGAACAUGGUGCGCCUAAAGCCCGAGGACUUCACGGACGCGGUUGUACCUGCAGACAAGAAAAGGCAGAUCCCAAUCUUCAACAUCACGGAGAUGAAGCGUCUGCUCAACGAGAACCCUGAGCUUACCGACAUUGAUUUACCAACAAUGAAGAUACCAACUAAAGCAGCAACAGAAGAGGUCCGAGUGAAGCGCAGCGUGUUCCCUGAUGCAGCGGCGGACGCCAUCGCUGAAAUGCCGGUGCCGAAGAUCAUCUCCAAGUCAGACGACCGUCGCAAAAUGAAAAAGUUCAUAUCAAGCACAGAUUCAUCCAUAGCUGACAAGAUGUCUCUACACACGGUCACAAGAACUGCAAGAAACAGCGAAGACGAGGAAGGACGCAGGAGACCAUUCAUCGCCGCCCACUUCCACGGUAACACGUCCCAUCUGAACCCGGAAAUUCAUGAACAUUACAAAGGUAAUGGUCUGGUGAGCGUGUCCCACGACGCGCCGCACGACGUGUGGUACCCCUCGCCGUGGACACUCGCCUCCCCGCACCCGCGGCCCACGCUCACCCGCGCCGGGCACGUGCACGUGCAUCAUUCUGGUGUCUACCUCGUCUAUGUUCAGAUUUACUAUCUGGAUAGCCACGACGUGAUAUCAUGGGUGCUGCACCGUACUAACCGUGGUACUGAAGGCCGCGAGACUCUCCUGCAGUGCGCGCAGUCCGCGCACUCCCCUGAGCCCCUCGAGAAGCCGAACUCCUGCUUCUCUGCCGCCGCUCUCUUCCUGCGCGCCGGCGACAAGCUCGCCGUCAGAAACACCGGCGGCAAUAGACACUCGCUCAUGCAGCCCGAGAAGAGCUUUAUAGGUCUUAUUAAAUUGGCCGACGCCGAAGAACCCAAUCAAGAGCUAUAAUUUCUGAUGUGUUUCUAAAAUCUCAUUUCUUGCCUAAAGCCGCCGCUCCUCAGGCGCAUAGUGAUACGUUCUUUAGUCAGGAAGUGCCAUUGUUAAUGCGAAUCAAAUAAAUCGUCAUUCGAUUUAAAAUCAUUAAUUUUAUGUUUAUAGAUAAGCUUAAAACAUUUCUGUUUUUGGAAAACUUAGUUUUUAUAACUAUUUUUAUUUUUUCAAAGUGUAAAUUUACAUUGAAUACGUAAAUUCAGAUAUCGCUGUGUGUGAUACGUUCAUAGUUCAGCUUAGUUUUAUAUAAGCAUGGAAUUGAUAGUUUAGGCUUUUGAUGUUAAUGAAAUUUUCUAAUACGUAACUUAGUUGAUAGUCGCUCGUAUUUGUACAAUGUAUUAACCGAUGUGAUACAUUGAAUCUGUUAUACCAUUGAUAUUAUAAGUAUAAUGUUACAGUUAUUCAUAAUGUAAUUUAUUUUUACGUUUUGUAAUUCAUUUAUUACGGACACGUUAAGUCAUAACAUUUAUUAAGGAAAACGCAAUCUGGUAUUGGCAAUAAUGAAUUUGUGUAUGUCUACCAAUUAAAAUUAUAUAAAAAUU